UGGGUUUGGCCAUAGAUAACUAAUAUAAUGAUCAUUCUCUCUUAAAUUGGAGUUUGUUGUGCCUACCUAAUCUUUUUAUAUCAAUCGACAGAUGUUGUUCUGAAUUAAAUCAAUAUUCCCUUAUCAAAAAUCACUAUUUUCUCCUUAACAUUGAUAUUGAUUAUUCCUUUGUCUUUGAUAAGAAAGAUGAAAUACUUUCAUCAAGUAAGCAAAAUAGGUUUUUAUGUAAAUCUACUUACAUUUAUCAUAAUAUUCUUUGAUUGUUUGACAAUUGUAUAUCGCGAUGGAAUUUCAUACGGACCCAGUAUAAAUUUACAAAGUACUAUUGUAAUAGAUUUAGAUACAUUUUCAUUUAUUGGCAUUGCAUGUCUGACACUGUAAUGCAAUUUGACAAUUCUGCCCAUCAGAAAUGAUAUGAUAAAUAAGCAGCCAUUUCAAAGAUACUAAGAAUUAUCGUUGUAUAUUUGUUUUUUAAUUGCAAUCCUAAUUACAACCUUUGCCAUUUGGGGCUACAAGGAUAAUCUUAAUUAAAUAAUCAUCUUUAACAUUUAGAACCUCUAUUUAAGAUCAAUCACUAUGAUUGCUUAUGGAAUUUGUAUUUUAAUGACAUAUGCACUUUAAUUAUUCCCUGCAGUCUAAAUCAUUGAAUAGCAUAUAUCACAGCUUGCUUACCAGAAAUUUGACUAGGCUGAAGAUGAAAAUGAGAGCGUAUUUGUUUUAGACAAAAGUUCUUUAAUUAUCAGAGGACUUUUAAUGUUGACAAUAUACAUAAUAUCAUACAAGAUACCUGAUCUUUCAUAAUUUAUCAAUCUAAUUGGAAGCUUUUUUGGUUCAUUUUGUUAAGUAAUAUGGAUUUUAGAUUUAUAUAGUUUUUAAUACCAUUAUCGGCUCAUUGGAUUUGCUUCAAAAAUUAGGAAGCUAGUCUGAGAUUGAAAUUAGAAUAUUUUGUGAUGUCUAUAUUUACUGCCUUGGCUAUAGUAUUUGGAUCAUAUGAAUCAAUCAAAGGGUUGAUUUGAAUAAAUAGACAAUAGAAUUGAGAUUAAAUUUAAUUUAUAGUGC